CAUCCAAUCCUCUCAUCCUCGGCGAUGUCUUCGGAUGUCAUCGAUUACCUCCGAUGACGAUAAACUGUCGACGAUUCGGGGUUUUUAUAAUCAAUUAGUUCUAGUGAUCGGCAAAAUGUGGUGGUUUAUUUUUCUUGUGACUCUCUUCGGAAAAUCCGCGUGCUUCGGUGAAGUUAUCAUUGUGCGCGAUUCUGAUUGUGACGAUCCAUGCUUUCGCCGAUUGCUCUCCGGCAAAAGAAUCGUCGAUCCUUACAUAAAACGAGUGAUGGAAUGCGAGAGACUUCACGAUUGUCAUCGGAUGUGCGAAUACGAAAGAGGAUUCACGUGCGAGGGAUUCAAUUAUCGAUCUCAUGCAGGUGCGAAGGGAAUGUGCGAGUUGUCAUCGACACCUCCCACUCAGGUAGACGUGAAUCGGGAUUUCAUAUCGGAUCCUAGGUACGACUACUACGAGAGGGACUGGACGAGGCGAAGAUGUGAGAGGAGGAGGGACAAGGUCCAACCUGAUUCGAGAGACUGGUGGGGAGAGUCCGAUGGACGUCGACCCGUCUGGACACCACGGGGAUCAGCUGGAUCUGGACACUACAUCCCUCCAGUGACUCCAGCCCCUCCAGGAGGCACUGGACCCCUUCCCUACGGAGGGACCUUCAUGGGUCGAACGAAGCUGACACUCGAUUACGAUCGCUCACAACCCGAUCCCUGGUUCAGGUCCACCGUCCUGGUGAGACCUACCCACCCUCCUCCACUUCCUGUAAGACCCCUUGAGGACAGCUGGCCCACUUUCCCCCAGAGACACGAAACCUACGGCUUCCAUCAGAGGGACAGAGACCGAACGCCGAUACCUGGGGUCGGAUACCCCAGGUAUCUACCAUCCAGACCCUCCGACCACGGCUACAGCGGCAAUGGAUAUUCCUAUGGACGACCUGGGGAUGGAAUCUGGAUGACUGGACGACGUUACGGUCAGAACUACCCCAUCCGGAGGAUCGGACCUGAUCCAGUGACGAAUGAGAUUUCCCAUUAUGUCCCUGACCGGCGAAAGCCGUCGAAGCCUGAUCCGGCCGAAGGGUACGGUCCAUCCUACGGUGAUGGAUAUCCUGACCACUCAGGACACCCAAAACCUUCACCACGACCGUUGCAUCUCGAGCCACCGCAUUCAAAGGCUCCUCCAGGCCACGACUCCCAGUACGGACCUUUCCAUAAUUAUGGAGGCGCCUAUGGAUAUGACAGACCUGCAGUACCGAGGGUACCACCAACACCUCCUUCGAGGAGGGCGUGCUCCGUGAGAUCCGCUGGAGGAUUUCGUCUCGCCAAGGGAAUUAUCAGGAAGAGUUAUCUCACUGCCAAUCUGGGGCAGUGCGAGAGUCUCUGUCAGAGUCAGAAGGAGUUCACCUGUUUAACCUUCGCCUACAGGUACAAUCUGGCUGCAACUUCACCCUCAGAUAAUUGUCUUCUGUCAGACGCACCCUUGGAGAAUCUCAUUUUUUACACCGAUCUCGAGCCCGACCGCGAUUACGACAUCUACGCUAUAAUGAUAAAUCCAAAGUGGUGUGAGACCCGGGGAAGACCAUCGUCGAGCCCCAGACGAACGCGUCCGCCGGAUGAAUGCUUUUGGAGGGUCAGGACUGGAUUUGGAAUGCCCCCCGCUGUCGUCAAAAAACCGACCAGAGUCGAGGGCAUGGGCGAGUGCCAGGUGCAGUGCGUUCACGCCCGGGAUUUCACCUGCAGGAGUUUUGUCUUCAGAUAUGACUCUUCGGUAAGUGGUCUUCCCAAUUGUUACCUGAGUGACUGGCCAGCGGUGGAAAUUGAUCCCCACAAAAUGCUGGACAUGGAGGGAGCAGAGUUGUACGAAAGGGGUAGCUUUGGUCGGGGUUGUGAACCCCAUCAUCCGAUUCCCUCUCCUGAUCCCACAACCCCCAGUCGACCAGCCCUCGAUUACAAACCUUCGCACACCGAUGAAGCAUCCUGUUAUGCUGGUUACGACAGACCCUGCAAAUUAACACCUUAUGCUAUUAUAUUGACGGCCAAGGUGGACUCGGAGGCUGACUGUCGGAGAAGGUGUACGGUGAUGAGGGAGAAUGUGGGGAGAAAUUCUGCACCUUGUAUGUCUUUUAGUUAUAAAAUCUCUGGUGACGAUAUCGAAGACAACUGUCACAUGAGUGACGUUCCCACGAGAGACCUGCGUCCAGGUCUCGAUUACACCCACGACGAGGAGUACUCCCUGUACGUUUUCAAAGAGCUCGAGCCCAAGUGCGUUCCCUCGAAUGAAUACUCUUCGAAGCCGUAUGCAGACCCAGAGGAUCCUUACUACUACGAAGUUACUCCCCUGGACACCAGUAAACCGGGAGAGUCAGACCUGGGGUAUCACUACCCGAUGCCCCAUGACAGACCGAGCAAUCCCCAGGACGAGCGGUUCUUCUACCCCCCGGAGUUGAUGGUCUUCAAUCAUUACACGGUGAAUGGUCAUCCCUGCAAGAGAGGAACUAAGUGCGAGAGACACCCAGUGGCGGGAUUCUGGUCCUGUCAGACUGAGGGCUCGGAACCGGACUCCUGGGAGUACUGUUGCGAGCCCUCACACCAGUGCGGAUUCUCUCAGGGAUCCAGCUACCCCUGGUGCUACGUGGGGGGCUCCAGGGAUCAGUGGCGACCGUGCAGUGAGCGAUAUUUCCCAUAUUCUUCGAAAUCGAGGCCCCCCAGACCUGGAGGACCCUCUAGCAAGUGUCACUACGAGGUCGACUGCGAGGGCAGACACUGGCCUGUUGCCGUUCUUCACGGAGAGGCUCCACCGAGUCAUAACUGGGAAAUAUCUCAAGGUCCUGCCCCAAAUGGCACAGACUCAGUAGCUCUAGCAAACACCCACGACCAUCGAGGACUAAAUGACUCUGAAGAGGUCAUACCUUCAGUGAAGGCUAUUGAAGACUCGAAAAACUCGACAAACUCCACUACUAGUGGUGUAAAGAAAAGGAGAAGUGAGGGAGUCCUUUUCCCUUUGAGAAGCCUUCCCCAGGAAAAAGCCCCUGAAUCAUUCCAGAGGCCCAACUCAAGGUUCAGGCCUCUUCCCAUUUCCAAUUCUUCUCAGAACGGAACCCAGUUUUUUAUCACCAGGAGGCUGAACGCCGCAUUGUCAACCCAGGAGAGUGAAAAAUCGAGGAGUAGGGGAACUGUAGCGAAAAUCGAGAGGAUUGAGAGACCCACUGAGGGAGGGAACGACGUGCAACGACUCGUCACAGUGUCUAGUAAAUCACGAGCUGCACAACAUGAUUUGAAAAUUCGCGUUCCAGUUAUUUCUGUUCUUGUUUCUAAUUCCACAACCGUUAGGCCGAAUUCUAGGCACUGGGUAAAAAUGGAGACGAUUGGGAGGAAUGACUCAUCGGUGUGAAAUUGUUUUGAUGAUUUUAGAUGCGAAGUCAUGACAUGAGACAACAAUUUUUGAUUUGACAUUUUUCAUUAUUAAUUAAUCUAGGCAAUUAGGAAUUUAAAGCGCAAACGUCCGAGGCCUUUUUUAUAUUAGUUGUUUUUUUUUUUUAUCGAUUAUCGAUGAAAUGGGAUUUUAUAUACAACGAAUCUAUUUAGAUUUGAGGAUAUUGAAUAUUUUUUUAUUGAGUAGUGAAUAGUUUAAUUUACGAACAACGAAAUGAGAUUCUGAUUCUGAUAUCUCUCGAUGAGUAACUGAUCUAUUUAAGGCCAGAAAAUAAUAAUUAUGGAAGUUUUUGAAAUUUUAUUUCAUAAGGAAGAAAAAUUCGAUGAGUGCUUUCGAUUUAAUUUUUUUCGUUCCAUUGAGUUGAAAAAUUUUUCAUUUUUUUCCAUCGCCUCUUGAAACGAGGAAAUACUCAUCGUCCAUAAUAAAUAUUUAUUUACCAAUGUCCUUGAACAUUUGGUCCAGAGCGUUUUCCAUGAACAAUUAUGCAGUUGCCAAUGACAAUCAAC